UGGAUGAAGACUUGGCAAUUUCUGGAUUCUUUUUCUCUUUUGACCCUUACAAGACCACAGUUUCAAACCUCCACUCUAGCCAGCACAGUUGGGGUCACCCAGUUUUUGUUGCUAAGUGUAGAUUUACUCUACCCAUUAGAGUUCUAGAGUUCCAGGGGUUGUUUUCACCCAAUUUUUGGUAAAGAUGUUGCCUAUAGACUUGUGGGUUUUUUCCCCCAUCUUUGCUGCUAUCACCAUUUUUUUCUGAGGGCAUCCUGGGAGCUCCCAAAACUACUCUGCUGCUAUCACCACUCCCUUGCCUGUCUACACUCUUGGCAUUUUAAAGUUUAAAUUGCCUGCUACUUAACCUAAAGUUAAUACAGCCUGCUACUGAAAUAGUUUCAUUGGACCACUACUAAAGUAUUCGAGACAUUUUUGCUCUUCAAGGAUUGUGAGAUAUUUAAGCGAGUAUAAAUUCAAGUAUGAAUAUCCUUGGGGCAACAGUUGGGCCAGCUCUUGUCUGACAACUUUAAUAUCCUAUGUACAUUUUCAGUGGGAACUAUAACAUGUUGCUAUCCCUUAUUGUGCAAUUCAGAAAAGCAAAAGGUGCUCCUGGGCAAAGGGCAGCCAAGCAGGCCACCUGAAAAGCCCUGCAUUCACUCUGAUAUUUGAUCUGAACGAGAAUGAUACUAAAUUCAGAUACGUGUCUGCAAACUUGCCUUGGACAGCAUUUGCUGGGUAUGUUUUAUUUAUUGGAAGUAGAAAGGGAGAUUAGCUGAACUCACUAAGAGGGCAAAUCAGACGUAGGAAUUUUGGAAGUUUAGGUCUAAUUACAAAUGUAAAGCACGCUGUUGUAAAUGUAGUAAUAUGAGUUUUACUGUCCUAAAUUUGCACAUUAUCUGCCUGAAUCAUUUUAGGCUCCAUGUUGAGCUCAACUAAAAGCAAAUAAUCUGUUAGAAUUGCACCUUUUGUGUUUUGCUCCAGGAUCAGAAUCAAACUGCCAAAAUAUGCACGUUAGCCAGUUAAAGGUUUUGUACAGAGAGUACAACCGGCUCGAGUGAGAUUUACACUAGUGAAUGAAGAGUGAAAUUGUGCAUCCCUGGUCAUAUUACUGCCAUCACUGCAUUACUGGUGUCUUGAGGCAAACCUGGAGGUAAAGAGCAGUGGAUAGGAGCACAGACUCUGGAGUCAGACUAACCAGCCUUGAGUCCUUUCUCCACUGUUUUACUGGGUGACCUUUGGCAAGUGACUAAGUUUGCACAUCUAUAAAGUAGAAAUAAAAACAGUCUGUAACUCAUAGAGCUACUAUGAGGAUUAACUGAAUGUAGGUAAAAUAUUCAAAACAGCACCUGGCUGUUUAGUAAGUACUGUGUUAAGUGUUUUCUACUAUUAUUAUCUCCCCUCAUGAGUUAGUUUGUUGGGUCAUGUUCACACAUCAUAUUCCAAAGAGUGAAUACUGCCUUUCAGGAUACAGCUGAGAAGGUCUUUCACAACCACCAUCAAAUAUUGGGAGCAUUAAUUACUCAUUUGUGGUGGCUGUGUCACUAAUGAAAAAGAUAGAUCCUGUUAGGUUCUAGUUUCAGAUACCCCUUGACAUAACUUUUGAACUAUCCGGAAAAAUACUGGCCAGGAAAAAUGAUAAAAUUUUUCCUCAUGGUGAAUAAACAAGGGCAGACCCGACUUUCUAAAUACUAUGAACAUGUGGAGAUUAAUAAGCGUACACUUCUGGAAACGGAAGUCAUAAGGAGCUGUCUCUCCCGAUCCAAUGAGCAAUGCUCUUUCAUUGAAUUUAAGGAUUUUAAGCUGAUUUAUCGACAGUAUGCAGCUCUCUUCAUUGUGGUUGGAGUUAAUGACACUGAGAAUGAGAUGGCAAUUUAUGAAUUCAUCCAUAACUUUGUGGAAGUUUUAGAUGAAUACUUCAGCCGCGUGAGUGAAUUAGAUAUAAUGUUUAAUUUGGAUAAAGUACACAUUAUUUUGGAUGAGAUGGUGUUGAAUGGCUGCAUUGUGGAAACGAAUCGGGCAAGAAUUCUUGCCCCUCUACUCAUUCUUGAUAAAAUGUCAGAAAGCUGAAUAAUGGAAGUCUCUGCCAGACAACAUCAACUUGUGGAAGUGAGAAUACCAUGGAAUACCUCUUUACAUCUGUAGCCCAAAAAGUCUGCAAGACUGUACCCUGCAAAAUGGGGUACCCUUCCAAAGACAUUUUAUAUAGGUGUUUUCCACAGUUCCUAAGUGGAAAACAAACUGUAUUUUAAAAUAUGGUGUACAAAGAAAAUUUGUCUCUAAGAGACAAAUUUUAUUUUCUAACCAUAAGCAUUUUUUCCCCACUUGUUCAACUUUUGUUGAGUGCUGAGGGUAUCUUUUUUGUUCUUUGCUUUCCUUUGUAUAUUUAAUUCAGGAUAGCAGCAUGAGAAGAACAUGAGACAACUAUCAGCCAAUAAAGUUCUAAACACAGAGCACUUCGAAUGUUUUCUGAAUGCUUUUUCCUUAAAAUGUCUUAAGUCCAAACCUCACUGAAUUGUGUACCUAAUAAAAAUCGAGAAUUAAAUUUGAUUUGCCAGUUUCUAAAAGCCUAAUAUCCAUUUUAUUGGCACUUGGUAAUUACAAUGUCGUCAUGUAAUUGAUUCACUUAUAAUGUUACUACCAAAAACUGAGUGGUUAUACAUUAAAGGGGAGCCCUUACAACCAUACUUUAGGCCAUGCUGUAAAUGGUUUGUCUUAUUAGUAAACUUAUUUGUAAAUGAAGUUUACUUUAGUUCAAAGUCUAAAAACAGAAUGCAAGAGAGUAUCUCUGUUCAGGUUGGCAUGAUAUGAAGCCUUCUCCCCCACUCCCUAUCUUAUUCCUUUGACUCCUUGACAUGUCUGGAAGCAAAGAGAACUUAGUCACCAUAGAAAACCAAUGACCUAAUCCUUCUCAACUUUUCUAGAUGUUUUUGCUGCUCAGUAGAGCACAAAGAACUGUCUUAGGUAGAAAACAUAUUUAUGUGCAUAUAGGGUAGAAAGGCAGAUAUAAUGGAGGGAACAAAUAUGAUCAUGGUACUUUAAGAUAUUGUGCCAUCCUAUGGAAUUCCAGGAGUUCUUUCAUCUACAAUACUAUUCUCCAAAAGAAGACAUAAAUGGACAUUCCAGGCACUGAUGAUUCAUUCACUACUGUUUUUGUGUAUGUGUGUAUGGGUUUAAGUCUUUGUUUCUAAAAAUCUACUUACAUAUUUAAAGUUUGCAUCUAUAAAGAUCCAAGCAACCAGUCAAUAAUGGAUUCUAAAAGCAAACUUGAGUUGGUUUAGACCCAUUCAGAAAAGCAGAAGAAAGGCUUCUGACCUGCCAGAACAAUGUGUAUUGAUCCGAUACCUUUGCAUUAAGUAGCCAAGGUCUGGGGAAAGCCCAGCGUAGAUGAAAGUGCUUUGGAGGUCUUUCUAAGACAUAUUAGUUGGGAAACACUGUCCUAGUUGGUAGGCACUUAAUCAGUAGCACAUUCAGGUAACUGCUGAAACUGGUACACCAGAAGUAACUAGGGAGUGAACAAAAUUAAUUUUCAGGUCACACCAAAAUAGCACUUGAAUAACAUCUUGGCACAGAUUUCAGUACCUUUAGAGAAUAACAAUUAAAAAAAAAAAUACUAGGUAGAUACCACAGAAAAGAAAGCUGAAGAAUCCAGUAUACGUGGAGACCCUAGUAGAUAUCUUGUAACACUUGACUCAUGCAAAGUCAACUGUAAUGUGGCUAUCUGUCCUUCUAGGCUGUGUCAUCUUGCUUCAGGUUUAUUGCUGAACCGUGAUGAACAGCUUUAAGUGAUUUUCACACUCAUGAAAUUUAUGUCUCAGAUUGGUCAGCUGUACCUUGACUCCUAACAUUUCAUUUACUGAAUAUAUAAGACUCAUCAAUUUUACAGGCUACAGCAAUGUGCUAUGCCAGGAUUCAGCAAACCUUUUCUGCAAAGGGCUAGAGAGUAAAUAUUUUAGGCUUUGUGGGUCAUGUGGUUUCUACAAAACCUCAGUUCUGCCAUUGCAGUGUAAAAACAAUCAUAGAUAAUACAUAAAUGAACAAGCAUGGCCGCGUUGCAAUAAGUUUAUUUAUGGACAUUUGAAAUUUGAAUUUCAUAAAUUUGAAAUUUCAUUUGAAUUUUGACUUUUGAAAUUUGAAUUUCAAAAAUUUUUCACAUCAUAAAAUAUUGUUCUUUUUUUGCUUUUUUUCAACCACCUGAAAAUUUUAAAGCCAUGCUUAGCUCAUGGGCAAUACAAAAGUAAGCAGCAGGCUAUUGUUUGCUGACCCCUGUGCUAGAUUAUAGAUUAGUCUUGGUAAAAGCUGGGUAAUGACAGACAUUUUACAGACUUAAACAAAUGGCAAUACUAAGCACAUAAACUGGAUUUUAACUCUAUCACUAGAAUAAAGUUUUAGUCAUGUAUCCAUGACUUUAUUGAGACCAUCACCACGACUAUUUUUUGGAUUAAAGCAUAGGUCAUACAUUUAAAUAUUGCUAUUGUGUUUUAUUUUAACUUUUAUUCUCAGAACUGUGAAACUCACAAUAAGAUGAAUUAUUUAAAUGCUGCCACUGAUUACAUAGUCACAACAUUCUCAUGCAGAGAAUAAAAACAGUAUUCAAAUGAUUGACUAUAGUGGGACAUAUCUCUUCUAAUGUAGAAAGGGAAUGUAUGUACCUUUUAAACAGGUAAAUAAUGGGCAAUUCCAAAAAAAAUGCUUUUCACUCCUAAAAAAGCCAUCUGUCUAAAUCAGUCCUACUGACGUUUCUUUCACCUAAGGGCAGAGAUGUGAUAAAUCACAGAAUUUGGAAAAUGGAAACAGAAGCCAUUCUUCAAAACCAGGAAAUGGCCAUAUCCUGGUGGUUUCUUUUCACACUAACAACAUUCAGAAAUCAUUCUUGAAUCUUAAACUACACAUCCCUGCAGAUACAAUGGUAAGUAGCAGAUCUGGUGUUUAAAAAGUUAACACAAAUAACUUGGCCAUUCACAGCUGAAGAAUACUUUAAGACAGAACACAACAGUUGGAUCACAAGCAUGUGAACAUAGAUUUCUCCUAGAUUUCCAGUUUCAGUAAGUGUAUUUACUAUAGAAAAAUACAUUUCUUCAUGUAGUAAUUUCAAAAAACUAUAUCUCAGUGAUUCAAAAUAAAAACUAUCUGGUUAAGUUCUUAGGUCUGACCGUUGCAGUGAAAUAGUCACAUGACACAGUUUUGUACGCUGCAAACAUUUUAAUGAUUAUUGUUGAGCAUACAUUUUGGAAAUUUUUUACUUCAAACUGCAACAAGUUAAAUAAAUGUUUAUAAUAUACAAAGAAAAUACAACCAAAAGUAAAACUUGCUUUAAGUGUGCCUUGCAUCUAGACCAGUGUUUUUUUUCCCCCUUAAUAUAUCUUUACCUUUGAGCUGCACAAACACACUUAAGAAUUUGAUCUUUAUAGUAUGGCAUUUAGGAAAUAAAAAUAUACUCCCACCUCAAAGAAAUAAAAAGGUUGUGCAUGAUUAUAUGCCAAACAAAAGAGAGAACACUAGAAUACUCUGAUAGUGCAGGCAUCAUUAAAAAGGAAAAGAAAAAGCUUGAGAUGCUCAUUAACUAUGUUUUAAGGAAGCAGGAUUUUUGACCAAGUAGCUUAAAAGCCAGCAAAACGGGGAUCAGUGACGGCAACUGUAGUGUAUGAAGUAUGAAACGACAAACUUUACACAAAUACACUGUUAGAAAUUUACCAGUGAACACUGAAGAUCUGAGAAGCUGCUCUUUGGAACAGUCAAGUAGGACCACCUUUUUCCAGUCACUAAGCCCUUGUAGCAACACAGUGUUCUGUGCUAUAUACUUGCUGGCUGGGUAGUUAAAGGAUUUGUUUUGUCAUUAGCAGCUAACCAACUUAUUCCACGUGUUCUUAAAGCCUUAAUGGUUGAAAUAAAGGCAAGUGUCAUUAGCGUAGAGGAUCAUAUACUUCUCUGCACACAAACACAAGAGGCUUCACUAGUAUUUUAUAAGUCUCUGAUGUCUCCCAUUUCAAAGCUCAAUUGAGAUGAAAGCCUUUCUCCAUGGUAGCAGCUAGCAGGCGCUCUCUCAUGAUCUCCUCCGAAGAAUAUUCCGGUAACUUGAGAUAAUGCACACAUGUAUUUACUGAUGGAUAGCUUGCAUCAGUAGCAUCGACCUACAAAAAGAAAAGUGAAAACACAGGAAGACCAGGACUUUAAAUUUUUAUUUCUUUCAAUCCUGAAGUAAGUAAAUUCCAUUUGGAUUCCUCGUUAGCUAUAAAGUUUGUACCUUGCGAACAACUGUGAGCCUGGGAUGCAGGUUAGCCAGUCCACCUGGGGGAAGAGUUGAGCAACCAGUAGUAAACUGCAGGAAUGCUUUCCUUUCAUCUGAAGACAUGCCACACAAAACCCUCACGAAUCUCAGGAAACCAGGGCUACAAGAAGAAAAAUAUAAUUAUACUCAUGUGAGAGCUGAUUUAAAUGAAAAACACUACCGCUACCUUGUAAGCCAGCAAUAACCCAAAAAACAAUUAUCAGUAGUAUCUAGAGUACUAGAGACUCUUGACUCAGCAUGAAAUGAGCAGAUAUAAGCUACUUUAAAAAUAUCCUACAAAGACUGUCUUGUACUUAUAAACAGUCAGAACCAAACUGAUGGAGUACAGGGACCAAAUAUGCAACAAAGCCAGCAAAUCAGAAAAGCUCAAGAUGCACAUGCAUAAUUCAUCUAAAUAUGGCUAAAGGGGAUCUGAAACAAUCCAUUUUUGUUAACGGUGAAAUAAACUGCUUCUAUAUGCCACAACAGGCAUGAAUUUCACAAUCAUAAUGUUAAAGAAAAGGGGGCACCUAGGUGGCUCAGCCAGUUAAGCGUUGGACUCUUGGUUUUGGCUCAGGUCAUGGACUCAUAGUUUGUGAGUUUGAGCCCCAUGUCAGGCUCUGUACAGUCAGUGUGGACAGAGCCUGCUUGGGAUUCUCUCUUCCCCUCCCUCUCUCAAAUAAAUUUUUAAAAAAUUUUAAAAACUUAAAAAAAUAGUUGACUUAGGAAAAAAAAUGCUAUAUAAACAUUAGAGUUAAGUUUAAAGUAAUUCAUAAUAGGGCUGACCUUUGAACAACACAGGUUUGAACUGCUCAGGUCCACUUGUACAUGUAAGUUUUUUCAAUAAAUACAAUAUAGUACCGCAAAUAUAUUUUCCCUUCUUCAUGACUUUCUUUUUCAUUAUUAUUAUUAUUUGAGUGUAGCUGACACACACAGUUAUAUUAGUUUCAGAUGUACAACAUAGUGAUUCGGUAAAUUUAUACAUUAUGCUAUUCCAUCACAAGUGUAGGUUCUCAUAAGUUUCUUAACAUUCUUUUUUUUCUCCAGCUUACUUCACAUAAAAUAUGUUCAUGUUACUGGUAGAGCUUCUGGUAAGAGCAGGCUAUUAGUAGUUAAGUUCUGGGGAGUCAAAAAUUAUAUACGAAUUUUCAACUGUGCUCCUAAACCCUGCAUGGUAAAGGGGUCAACUGUAUUCUCUCAUUUUAGUUAAUUCGGAAACUUUUUUUUUAAGUUUAUUUAUUUAUUAUUAUUUUUUAUGUGUAUUUACUUUUGAGAGAGAGAGAGACAGAGGUGUGAGUAGGGGAGGGGCAGAGAGAGAGGAAGACAUAGAAUCCGAAGCAGGCUCCAGGCUCCUAGCUGUCAGCAAAGAGCCCAAUUCAGGGCUCGAACUCACAGACCGCAAGAUCAUGACCUGAACUGAAGUUGGAUGCUUAACCGACUGAGCCACCCAGGCGCCCCAUGUUUAUUCAUUUUGAGAGAGAGACAGAGACAGUGUGAGAGGGGGAGGUGGCAGAGAGAGAGGGAGACAAAGAAUAACAAGCAGGCUCUGUGCUCAUAGCACAGAGCCUGACACGGGGCUCGAACUCACAAAACUGUGAGAUCCAUACCCUGAGAGGAAACCAAGAGUCAGAUGCUUAACUGACUGAGCCACCCAGGUGCUCCUGGAAACUUUUAAAAAGAAAAGGUAAUAUACAGCCUGUAGUCUUAAAAAAAAAAAAAAAAUCUAAUAAUCAGUGGUAUGAAAGAAAAAACAACUCAACUGUUUCAGACUAAAGACCUAUCCCUCCAAAAGUUUCCUAUCACAACCAAAUGCUAUUUCCUGAUAAGAGACAGUGGUGAUGAGGGGAGUGCUAUUAAGGACAUUACUGGAGUAAUCAACAAACCUGGACUAUGGACUACAGGUUAGCUAACAGUAUGAAUUUGCUAGCUAAUGUGGAUACAUGGGAGAAUAUCCGUAUUUUCAGAAAAUGUACACUCAAGUAUUACAGAGUAAAAGGGCAUGAUAUAAGCAACAUAUUCUCAAAUGGUUCAGAAAAAAACAGUAUACAUACACAUAUACCACGUGUAGGUAUAUAUAUAAAUAUGUGUGCUUAUGCAUAAAUAAUAUAAAGCAAAUUUUAAGUACAGUUGAAUCUGGGCAAAGCCUAUUUGGAAAUUCUUUCAACUUUUUUUUACAAGGCUCAAAUUUAAAAACAAUAAAGGUUAGUAUAAAAACAAUGAAGCCUAAAGGUUUACAAUUCACCCAAUUCUUAAAAGAGCGAACAAUUAAAAUGGAAUCUUAACACGAACAAAGACUCAAUUUUCUUUUUGUAUAAACUCAGCCUUAUCAAUGGAUAUGAAGACUUAACUGCUUUCUCACUUAUUUUAUGAAUGUAAUUCACUGAGUCAUAGUUCUUUAGACAAUCUGUCAUUUGAUUUUGGGACAAAAACUGUUUUACUGACCUUAGAAAAUAAGCAACACUUACCUGUCACGUGUAUAACCCAACUUAGGUUCAGUAUAAUUAAUAAUAUCCUCUGCUGCCCAGGAUGGUGACUGGUUUCCACAAAGAAUCAUUUGGACUUCUUCAUGGCUGAAGGAACUUAACUUCUCCAUUGGAAAAACUUUAUUAAACCCAUCUACAUUAUACAUAGCAAAAAAUCAAAAACAAUAAAACAUGUAAUUCAAUUUCUAAGUUAUAAUUCCAAAAUGCCAAAUUUCAAAUCAAAAUACCUAAUAUCAACAGAAUGCAAUAUGAAUAAAAUAUUAAUAAAUUUUUUAAAAAACAAAUAUAAAUUAAAAUAGCUUGAAAUCAAAGCUAUGCUAAGGUUUUAAGUACAGAAAUUUCCCUUAAUACUGCAAAUGUGAACCGAGAUACUCUCUCAGUCACUAUGGUCAGUAGCCAAAUUCUAGUAAUUUCUUAACCAACUCUUUGCAUCAUACGAGCUAGCUGAAUCUAUAUUCUUUUUCAGAACUAGUAAGUGACAAACAGUCUAAUAUAUUGUGCUUCAAUUUUCUCCUGAAGAACUUAGGUUCUAACAUGGUUUAAGUCAUCCUGAUCAUGCAAUGUGGAAAGUACGCAAACUUAUGUUCACGUACAAAUGAAGAAAUGGAGGACAAAAGUGGGUCUCCCAUUACUUAGGAGGAACAAGCUGAGGGUAUGCCACAGCUUGAGAACAUUCCAACCUGUUCUGGGUAAUCUGCAGGACCUAACUAUCUGGAAGUCAAAAAACCACAGGGCAAAUCUAGAGACUACCAGCAAUUCUUGACAAGGUAAGUGCCUGAAUUUCAACUGUCUCCAAGUAAAAGGAGAGGUAUUAAGCUCAAGAGCCCUAAAAAUUACCUCUAAAGGCUUCCAUCUGUUUCUGAAUACCCGUAUGCAUACAAAAGUCAAACAUCAAAUCCACAUAUUCUUCUGCAUUAUCCAUUGUUAUCAUCUGCAAAGGAAAAUUUGCCAACAUUAUUGUUAAUAUCCAGGGAUGUUUUCAGUAGCUCCUACUACAACUGGCCUCAUCUAGAGGAUGUUUCUGAACUUAACAACUGUAUCAAAAGCAAAAUUUUUACCUCAUCUUCCCCACUUGGCUUGAGAUCCACAGCUGUAAAACCAUAUAUUCUUGAGGAAGGGCAAAACUGGAAAUUUAAACUGGGAAGACAAAAAGUAUUAGAUUAACAUUCAGCUACCACUGGUGUUUAAUUUUUAAAACACUGCUGCCAAAACCAUGAUCCCCCCCACCCCUCUGGCUUAGAUGUUAAGCAUGAGGCCUUUUGAAUGCAAAAACCCCAUCCACAAAAACUAGUAGGCCAAUCAUCACCAAACCUGGCUUUGCAAAGACUGCAGGAAACCACCACCUUUCCAGAUUUCAUUUCCCUUUAUGGCACAAAAUUAAUAAAGGGUUUUUGCAACAAAUUAGGACAGCAACAUCUUUACUUUUUUUUUCCAAGAAGAAACUAUUGCUUCACUAAUGUUAUUCAGGCUCUGUCCCUACCCUCAAAAAGGACCUUGAAUAUAUAAUAAUUUAUCAAACAAAACUUCUCAACAUUAUCAAGAAAGGAAGAAAGAGAGAAAAAGAAAAAUAAAAAGAAAAGACAGA